AUGCCAGAAGAAGGAAUUGACUUGUCACCACCAUCACAGCUUCUAAUUAGUUUUGAAAUUGCCCAUUUAUCAACUCUCUUCGUAUCAGAAGGAGUGACAAAGUUUUGGCUCACCGGUGGAGAGCCGACGCCAUUGGCAAGCUUUCGCCAGAAUGGAUUACGGGAAUUAUGCGUCGCAACGAAUGGUAUAUUCCUCCCGCGGAUGCUGGAUCCGAUGCUUGAGGCCGGUUUGACUGGCAUAAACCUGAGCAUGGAUACGCUGGAUCCAUUCCAAUUUGAGACCAUGACAAGGAAAACUAGCAAAGGGCUUGAAGGUGUUAUGAAGAGCAUCGACCGGAUCCUGCAAAUGAAGGAGUUACAAGUAAAUGACGAUAGGAUCACCGUGGAUCGCGAACUCCUGGAUCUUAUAGAAUAUGCCGUCAAGCGGAAGAAAGCAAAGCAUGCCGGCAUGACGGAGCUGGCAAGUAUGAAUAGACCGCUGAUCUUUAUCGGUGUUUAG